AUGUCUGACAAUGGAAAGACAUUUGUUGGAGCAAAUGUUGAGAUUAAAAAACUUUUGAAACUUGUCACUUCCCGCAAUGAAAACUUGUCUAACUUUCUCUCAAACGAGAAUAUUGUAUGGGAAUUUAUACCCCCAAAAUCACCUAAUUUUGGGGGCCUUUGGGAAGCCGGGGUGAAGGCUUUUAAAUUUCAUUUCAAACGAAUAAUAGGUAGCCAAAAAUUGACACUUGAAGAAUUUGUAACUAUUCUAGCUGAAAUAGAAGUAUUGAACUCCCGGCCCCUCAUUCCAUUGUCAGCAAACUUUGAUGAUUUUCGGACAUUAAGUCCAGGUCACUUCAUAAUUGGGAGACCAAUAAAUGGCCUUCAAGAACCUCUACUUAAUGAUAUCAAGGAAACUCAUUUGUCCAAAUGGCAAAGAGUAACUAAAUUUAGUCAACAAAUUUGGCAAUUGUGGAAGAAAGAUUACUUAAGCAAUUUGCAGGGUCGAACCAAAUGGAAAUUUAGUAAGGACGAUGUAAAACAGGGUACUCUUGUUUUAAUGAAAAAUGAGCAACUUCCUGCCACACAGUGGUCAGUUGGAAGAAUAGUGGAAAUAUUUCAAAGUAGGGAUGGAAAAAUAAGAAUUGUAAAUGUGCGUAUGCCUAAUGGUAAAAUUUUCAAGAGAAAUGCCAGAGACAUUUGUAUAUUACCUCUUGAAUGA